AUGAUUGCCAGUACAUCGUCUCUGCCUGUGAGGCUACAUGGCGCUUAUUCAGCUUUGAAGUGCAAUUUGGUGCUAACAGACGAAGAGAAGAAGAAUUUCGCAUUGAUUGAGCUGGAGAAAAUUUUGAAUGUACAAAACAAGUCUUUAAAAGACUUCCAUCCAAUGCCAGUUCCAAGUUUGGAUAAUUCCAGAUUGGUUGAUAACAAAUUGCUUUUUGAGGAGUUAUCCUAUGAUCGUCAACAAUUACUUCAAGAGUCCAAGACUCUAAGUUUAACAUUAACAUAUGAGCCAAGGAAAAAGAUUUUUAUGGAGGGCGUUGUUACCUUGCGAACCAAAGGUGAAAUUGUGUUAAAUGUUACAUCGAGUGGUAUAUCUUAUUUGCUAUUACCAAGUGGACAAACUGCACACUCGAGAUUCGCAAUACCAAUAUCAAUAAAUGAAGAUUCUACGUGUAACAUUAAACAAGGAAGCCAUCUAGCCGAAUUGGUUGUCAAGACCAGUUUAAUCAUUUGGGAUGAAGCUCCCAUGAUGCACAAACAUUGCUUUGAAGCGCUUGAUCGAACCAUGAGAGAUUUAUUGCGCUUUGUAAAUCCCUACAGUGGAUCAAAAACAUUUGGUAGCAAAACAGUUGUCCUAGGUGGAGAUUUCCAUCAAAUAUUACCAGUGAUCCCUAAAGGUACUAGGCAAGAUAUUGUAGCAUCAACCAUAAAUUCUUCUUAUCUUUGGAACAAUUGCAAAGUGUUGAGAUUGACCAAGAAUCUCCGUUUAAAUAGUGUUGAAGCCGAAGUUGACAUAAGAGCAUUGGAGGAUUUUUCUAAUUGGAUUGCUUCUAUCGGUGAUGACAAGAUUGGUGGAUUGAAUGAUGGAUAUGUGGAAUUUGAGAUUCCAAGUCACAUGCUACUAACAUCCACUGGUGACCAUAUUGCUACAAUUGUGAAAAGUACAUUUCCUAUGUUUUUAAAUGGGAAUUUUGACCCAAGUUAUCUUCAAUGUCGUGCCAUACUAGCACCAAUGCUAGAUGUUGUGAACUCUGUAAAUGAAUUUAUGAGUGCGUUGCAUACUUCUGAAAGUAGGACAUACUUUAGUUGCGACACAGUUUGCAAAGCUGAUUCAAACAAUGGAAUACUUGAUGAUGUACACACCAGAGUUCUUUAA